GGGAGCGGGGCCCGCACCGGGAGCCGGGUCCGCGUCUCCGCUCCCGCCGCUGCCCAGCAGGAAACGGGGACAGCCGGGGACACCCUCCCGGUGCCCUCGGGAACGCCGCUCGGGCUUUUUCCAAAUCUCAGAAUCGGCUUUAAUCAAUUGAAAUUAAUUUUCCGACCUCACUGACUCAGUAAUUCUUUGAUCCCUCAUGCCCAGAGCCCCGUGGGCUGUGCAGAAGCGCCAGACUCUGCUCCUUGCACCUUGUCCAGUAAACAAUGGAGCCAGAUGUAAAAGUGAAUGAAGAUUUCAAAAGCCAGUUCAAGGCUUAUCAGGAGCAGCAGCAAAGGCGGCUGCAAAACUUGAUGGAGACGAAGAAGGAGAAGCAGGACAGGCAGAAGAACACUGGCAGCACAAAGGAGACUGUAAGAGCCCUGAAUGAUCUAAACCUGUUUAAAAAAGGACCUCCUGUAAAAGAGGAUGCCAGCAAAAGUUUGCUUGAGGCUGAGAAUGAGCAGCUGCAGGAUCAGCUCCGAGAGGUCCGGGAUGAGAACUGCAGGCUCUACAGACUGGUGUCAGAGAAAGAUUUUGAAAUAAAGGAGCUCCAGAAAAGAGUAUGGGAGGAGAGGUUGGCUCUGUCAGGGGUGUCUGGUUUAGCUGGAGACGUGGCUGCCACUAAAAUCGUUGAGUUGGCCAAAAAGAACCGUGAGGUCACUGCUGAGUUUGAGAGUGAGAGAGCCAAAGUGAAGCAGCUGAAUCACAAAGUCAAGGAGCUGGAGAGAGAACUACAGGCAGCCACAGGAAAAAUCCAUUCCCUUGGUGGUGAUGCUGCAGGAAUCAAGGAAUCAACUCUGAAAAUGCUGGAAGGAAACUUGGCUGAAAAUCCAGAGGUGAAAGCACUGCAAGAAAAAUUGAGCGCAGCCAACGUAAAAGUGACGGAAUACCGGAACCAGCUCCAGAAUUUGAAACAGGAACUGAAGCUGACCCAAAAGAUUUUAGCCAAAGAAAUUGGGGAAGAUGUGAAUAUCCAAAGUCUCUUGGCCAAUUCUGGCAACUGGCGUGGACGAGCUCAGCAAAUUCUUCUUCUCCAAACCAAGGUUCAGGAGCUGGAGCAUAAACUGAAUCAACAAAAGAUCAGAGCUUCACUGCUUGAGGUGGAUGAGGGAUUGCUGGCAUUUCGUGAUCCAAGGAAGUUGUUAGUCCAAGAGAAGAACUUGCUGAAGAUUCGCAGCUUGGAGAAAGAAAAGAAGGAAUCUUUGGAGAAACUCUCUGAGCAGCACAACACUCUUCAAAAAAAACAUGAGGAAUUGAAAAAAAAACUUGAUGCCUCAAGAGCCAGGAACCAAAUACUGUGUGGAGAAGUGAAGAUGCUGAAGGGACAGAUUGGAACCUUGCUGGAGAAAGGGAAACACGAUGAUGAGCUCAUAGAUGCCUUGCUGAGCCAGCAGAAGCAAAUGCAGGAGAUCUUAAAGGGCCUGAGCCAGAAGGAGGAUGGGAACAAGGAGUUUCAGCAGAUGAUGGGGCCACGCUUGGACCCUGAGAUUCAGAAACAAGGCACCCUGAUAGAUGAGCUCAGGGAGCUGGUGGCUGACAGAGAAGCAAAGGUUAAAAUGCUUCAGAAGGAGAUUGGGCAGCUCACACUUCAGGACAAGUCAGAAGCUUCUCAUCCACCACGCUCUGAGCACUCAGGAUUACCUGAGGGGUCAGGCAGCAGCAAGGCUGGAAGGACAGAAUUUGCCUGCACAGUGUCUCCGAUGGGCCACAUACUCGUGGAGUCAGCAGCCACAGAGCCUUUCUUCCUCAUCUCACUUGGAAGGGUGGAGGAAAGCAGCGACAAAGUCUUGGAAGCUGAGAAGUUCCAGAAAGAGCAGUGGUGGAGUGACAGCUUGGAACAGGAGCUUGAAAAGCUGCAGGUGGAUCCAGGGAGCAGCACAAGGGCACAGGAGCCUGCCCUGAGGAGCAGAAAAGCCCAGCCCAGCCUCCCCUUGCAUGUGAGUGCCAGAGAGGAGCUCUCUGCAUCCCUGUCCGAGCUGCCCCUGGAAUCUCAGCUGGAGGAGCUGAGCAGGAGGCUUGGCUUCCAGAUGGACGAGAACAAAGGUCUGAAGGCUGCUCUGAAGGCGACUGAGAGAGCCAAAGGAGAUGAUUUAAAACUGCAACAAGUCAUAAUGGAGGAAGUGAGGGAUAGUUCUCCACAGGCUGUUCAGCACCUUACACCAGAGAAGAGUUAAUCCAGAUAUUCCCAGUCCUUUGGGCUGCAGAGCAGGGAGAGAGCCCAGGCACCAGUGUCAUUUUGCAGCCUCAGAUCGUGUCAUUUCUUUAGCAUUUGCAGGAGAGGAUGAGAAACAGAGAUGAAAUACAAAAAAGUGAAGGUUU